AUGACCAGCGUAGCGCAGCAGCAGGCACCCUCUGAAGGCUCUGCCAUGCACAAGAUCGCACGCAGCGGUUUCGACUCUUCAGGUGGAUCGGGUCUCUACGAUCGUGCACGACCAUCCUACCCUCCUGCUGCGAUCGCAUCCAUCAUCGCCGAGGCUAACAAUUCGAGCUCUCCAUCUCCGUUGCGCAUUGUCGAGCUCGGAGCAGGGACUGGCAUUGCAACACGAAUGUUGCUUGCUGCUGCCACUUCCACUUCAGCCGAUGGCACUCCACCUCCCGGCAUCGCGUCAUUGACUGCCAUCGAACCAUCCGCUGGUAUGCGCUCCCACUUUGAGUCUGCCAUUGCCUCCGGCGCAAACUCGCUCAAGCAGCAGCUCCAAGACAAAGGUCUUCUCUCGCCUUCUAGCAGCAUCACGAUUGAAGAUGGUGCUUUCGAGUCGUUCGACGCCGGUUCAGGCAACGACGCUGUCGUUGUGGCUCAGGCUUGGCACUGGUGCCAAGAUUGGGAUGCUGCACUCGGACAAGCCGCAAAGGCGCUUCGAUCAGACGGAAUCCUCGCUCUCAUCUGGAACUUGGAAGAUCGCGAAGCCGCUCCUUGGGUGGCCCAGAUUCGAGACCUCUACGAGAAGUACGAAGACAACACUCCGCAGUACAGGCACAUGUACUGGCACGCCAUGUACAAGGCGCCGACCUUUGCAAGUCACUUCAAGGCCGAUGAGCCGCGACACUACCAUCGCACCAUCCCGACAACGCUCCAAGGUGUGUUGGACAGAGUUCUCUCCAAGUCAUACAUCUCAGUGUUGCCGAAGGACAAGCAGGAUGAGCUGGUCAAGGAUAUCUCGGACUAUCUCAACAACACUUCGGACGAGCAGCUGGGAAGGAAGUGGAUCGACAAGGAACAGGGUGUCUGGGAGUAUCCGUAUCGCACCGAUCUGUUCAUCUUCCGUCGCGUCUAG